AUGAGUAUAUUCAAAAUCGAUUCACAUAUUCUGGAUAAGCUUAGUAAAGAUCAAAUUGAUAGUAUUCGUUUUCACUUUUUUACUGAUAUACUUUCACAGUUACCGAUUCAAUUAACAUUGGCUAGUUUUGAUAGUGACAAAAUAAACAUUGAUUCAUUACCUUCUUAUUUAAUGGAACUAAAUCGCACGAUCAAAAAUUUAUUCAAACAAUCUGAUAGUGUUAAAUUUGAAAAAUCGAUUCAAUCAUUGAAAAUAGUCAGUCAAUGUGUUACAUCAUUAUCGGAGCAAGUUACAUCGUCUACAUUUACUGUUUAUCGAUGUCAAUUAGUAUCAAAAGCAGAUUUAGACCUGAUGCAAACUAAUAGUAAUAUAUUGCUAAGUCCACAAAGAUUCGUUUUAGCUUCACGUUCAAUUCACUCGAUUCUGAAUAUUUGUCGUCGAGCCGUUGAUAAUCGACUAUCUGUUAUUCUUUUUGAAAUAAAACUAUCGGAGAAGAUAUCCGUCGUAUAUUUGAACUCAGAUCUGAUCCUAUUUAAUAUUGGUAUUCUUUUUCGAUUAGUAUCGAUCGAUUUACGACCUGAUGGUAUUUUCUAUGCUCAAAUUGAACUAGCUAAUGCAACAAUGGAACAUAUCAAAGAACAAAUUCAAUGCAAACUUAAUGCUCGUCUCACAUGGUUAACAUUUGGUAAUUAUCUGAUGGUUUUAAAAGAUGAUAAAAUUGCUGAAGAAUAUUAUCGUUGUCUUUUAAACAUGAUUUUACCUGAUCAUCCGAGUCUCGUAUCGAUUUACAAUAAUAUGGGUUUAAUGUACAUAAUGAUGAAGAAAAAUCAACAAGCAUUAGAAUGUUUUGAAAAAGUAUCUACACUUCAAAGUCAAUCUACUCAAAAUGUAACUGGACAAAAUGAUUCAUCAAUGUCGAUUAUAAGAUUUUCUCGCGAAACGACUGCUGAUAAAUCGUCAACAUUGAAUAAAAUAGCUGAAGUUAGCUAUCAUCUUGAAGAUUAUUCAACAGCACUUGAUUGUUAUCAACAACUAUUCGAUAUGGAAGAUGACAAAAACUUACGUGAAUUUUAUCGAUCUAAAAUUGAAUUUCUCUCGUGUUUUUGUCAUAAAUGCUAA